UGCGCCUGCUUGCUCACCGCGAAGACUGGGGAGGCCAGGACCAGGGGACGGAGGGGGUCGGCUGGAGGGUCUGCAUGGCAGGAGGAGCCGCGCCAGAGGGCUGGGCGCGCUGCGGCAGCGCCCGGGGCUGUCUCCACCUCUUCUGGCAAGUUGGACCUAUGAGUGCGCAGCUCGACUUACAACCGUCAACAGCCCGGGCGGGUGAGCGCGUGUGAGCGCCGGGGGCUCGGGACCCCGCACUUCCUCGCAGGCCUCUCCGCGCAGAGCGGGCGCCCGGGUCGUCCGGCCAGCCCCGACGGGAUGCCCGCGACCAUGCUCCCCUACGCGUGCGUCCUGGUGCUUUUGGGAGCCCGCACCGCAGAGACGACUGGGACGGCAGGGGGUGGCCGCCUACACUGGGAACCCCGCUGCCAGCAGCCCCUGCCCCACAGAGUACCCGUCACUGCGCCACUGCCCCCACGCCUUGACGGGCCCUGGGUCUCCACUGGCUGUGAGGUGCGCCCCGGACCCGAGUUCCUCACCCGCUCCUACACCUUCUACCCCAGCCGCCUCUUCCGAGCCUACCAGUUCUACUACAGGGACCCCUCCUGCCGGGAGCCCGCGCACUCCCUGCUCAUCAAGGGCAAGGUCCGCCUGCGCCGGGCCUCCUGGGUUACCCGAGGUGCCACCGAGGCCGACUACCACCUGCACAAGGUGGGCAUCGUCUUCCACAGCCGCCGCGCCCUGCUCGAUGUCACCAGGAGCCUCAACCAGACCUGGGCGGGCCGGGACUGUGCCCAGCGGCUGCCCCCGGCCCGGGCCUGGCUGCCCGGCGCCCUCUACGAGCUGCUGAGCGCCCGGGCCAAGCAGGACUGCACGGAAGCCCUGGGCUUCACCAUGCACGAGCUCAGCCUGGUCCGCAUGCAGCGCCACCUGCAGCUGCAGCCCCGGGCCGGGGCCCGGCUAGUGGAGGAGCUGUACCUGGGGGACAUCCACACCAACCACGCGGAGAGGCGGCACUACCGGCCCACGGGCUACCAGCGCCCGCUACAGAGCGCCCUGCACCACGCCCGGCCCUGCCCAGCGUGCAGCCUCAUCGCGCGCUCCGACGAGCACCACCCGCCCGUGCUGCCCCCCCAGGCGGCCCUGCCCCUGCGCCUGGGCGGCCGGUGGGUCAGCCCCGGGUGCGAGGUGCGCCCCGCUGUGCUGUUCCUCACCAGGCUCUUCACCUUCCACGGGCACAACCGCUCCUGGGAGGGAUAUUACCGCCACUUCUCAGACCCCGCCUGCCACCAGCCCACCUUCACGGUCUACGCCGCGGGCCGCUACACCAGGGGCACACCGUCCCGCAAGGUCCUCGGCGGCACCGAACUCGUGUUUCAGGUCACGCGGGCCCGAGUGACUCCCAUGGACCAGGUCACCACGGCCAUGCUCAACUUCUCCGAACCGAGCAGCUGCGGGGGCCCGGGGGCCUGGUCCCUGGGAACCGAGCGGGACGUCACAGCCACCAAUGGGUGCCUGCCGCUGGGCAUCAGGCUCCCCCACGUGGAGUACGAGCUCUUCAGGAUGGAGCUAGACCCCCUCGGGCAAAGCCUGCUCUUCAUCGGACAGAGGCCCACGGACGGGUCAAGUCCCGACACCCCGGAGAGGCGUCCCACGUCCUACCAGGCGCCCCUGGUGCUCUGCGACAGAAUGGCCCAGGGGGUGCCUGGGGUCCCGCGACACGGGCCUCCGCAGAAGCCCCUCCGUGGUGGGGGGCCCUGGGCUCUCCCCGUCCUGCCCCUCGCGCUGGGGCUGGCCUUCCUCACGUGCCUAUGAAAUUGGCCUCUGACCUCUAGGCCGCCCCCGGACACUCACCACCCUGGUGGACUCCCCCCGGGCACAGACUCCUCCACGUGUCCGCCGAAGGGCCUGUCUUCCCGCUGCUCUGCCGACAGUCACGUGGCCCUGCCGUUGCCCGCCGGGGCUCUCGGGGGUCUCAGCCGCUGAGCCCGUGGCACCUGCGAAGCCCGAGGCACCUGCGAAGCCCGUGGCACCUGCAAGCCUGUGGCACCUGUGAAGCCUGCGACACCUGCGAAGCCCGCAGCACCUGCGGAGCCCGCAGCCCCUGAACCCGCAGCCCCUGAGCCCGUGGCACCUGCAGAGCCCGCAGUCCCUGAGCCCGUGGCACCUGCGGAGCCCGCAGCCCCUGAACCCGCAGUCCCUGAGCCCGUGGCACCUGCGGAGCCCACGGCGCGGCCCGCUAAUUCAACUCGAGUGUCGAGCACGAACCCGGGCGCGGCAGCGUCAGGUGCUUGGCGGGGUCCCCGGGGCUGGAGGGCAGCAGCCCCUCUCCCGCCCGACCUUGGCGUUCGGGGGCGCGGGAGCGAGGCUCUCUGCGCGGGUGCUGCCGCCGCUCUGCUGAGCCUGUGGAUCCUUGUUUAAAGAUUAUUAAUUCGAAUUUAGCAACACAAACUCGAACCAGAGCCAUGAAUUAAAGAUGCUGCUCCGGGCUUUCGGUACUUGGCGGCUUUCUGGGAGAGGGCUGGUCUCUUCAGGGGCAACUCAGCUUUCUUGAGUUUUGGCUGCGGGCGUUUGUGUGCACUUGCCUCCGCGUCGGGAGUCGGGCCUCAAGCCGUCUACGUGGCGCGGCUGGAGCAGCCCUCCCGGCCCGACCGAGGAGGCCGCGCGGGGCCCAGGAGAGCGCUGCGCGGCGCCGGCUGCUGCGGGCAGGUCUUUGGAGGAGCGCGGCGUUUCCAGCCUUUGGAAAGUAAUUAAUACUAAUGACAGCGGCGACACUAAGGUGCUCUGUAAUUAGCCCCGUACAGGCAUCCUCUGUUUUCAAGAUUCCCUGCGCUUAACUGACAAGGAGGGAGAGAGACCUCCGAAUGGGUCUUUGGGACCAUCCUAGGGAGAGGUCGGGGUCGCCGGGCCCCCGGGCAACGUCGGCUGGCCCCGAUGCUCACGUGCCGGUGUCCCCUCCGCUCAGAGGGGGCUGCCAUCAAGGUGGGGACAGGCUGCGCCUCUGCAGGGCCCCCGCCUGCAUUCCUGGGGCCUCACACGUAACACUGCGAAAUUUACUGGCAUCCUGGUGGCUCCAGGGUUUCGGGGACUCUGGGGCUGGGAUCCGCCCCCCUCCUGCCUCCGCCGAUUCCUAUCUCGGGCUCUUAUCACAGAUCUCGAACAACAAUACAACAAUCGAGGCUAACGAUGCUUUCAGAGGGGAGCCCUGUGUCCCCUGUUAGAUUGGUGGGGUUCCAUCAGCCCGCUGAAAUUGCUCUCACUUAUCCACCCAGCGUUCUUAAAAGAAAAAAAAAAAAAACCCACCAA